AUGCCACAUCAGUCGACAAUUUACCGUUGGUAUGGAGAAUUUAAACGUGGACAGGUGAGUCUUAGCAACGAUCCCAGGGUGGGUGCACCAAAAACGGCAGUAACCCAGGGAAACGUCGAUGCUGUGCAGCAGAAAGCAGCCAGGGUUAAUUGUAGUGAUGAAUCGUGGAUUUACUGUUAUGAACCAGAAAAUAAACGACAGUCGGCUGUUUGGAGGGUCGCGACAUUAAAAGCGGGUCAUAUUGCAACAAUUCCUCUUAAUGAGCAAAGAACCGUUACUGCGGAUUGGUAUACCACCAUUUCUUUGUCAAAAGUCAUCACGGAGCUUCGAAAAAUCAAUCCCGAAAGAAGAAUCAUCCUCCACCAAGACAAUGCAAGCUCGCACACAGCCCAAAAAACAAGGCAGUAUUUAACGGAAGGAAACUUGGAAUUAUUGGACCAUCCUCCAUAUAGUCCCGAUCUAAGUCCUAACGAUUUCUUUACUUUGCCGAAGAUUAAAAACAGACUGCGUGGUCAAAGGUUCCAGUCACCAGAAAAAGCAGUUGGCGCAUUCAAAAAUGCUAUUUUGAAUCUGCCAGCAAACGAGUGGAAUAAGUGCUUCGAGAAUUGGUUCGAGCGCAUGCAGAUGUCUGAGCUACGGCAAAGACUAUUGGAAGCAGCUGAGUUUGUUAAUAACCGUGGAUUCGCUCCGUGUAUUGCGGCUGAAGGAAAACAGUUUGAGCAUUUGCUGUAA